ACUCGAUUGGCAUUUUAUUAUCGCUGUUCUACACGUCAGCGGUCAAAUUGUUGUUGAUUCAUGUCUUUCUCCGCUGUGAUUCGCAUGUUCAUCAUGCGUCACUUCUCGCCCCCAAACCGCGUUUGCCAUCAUCUAAGAAUAACACACGACAGAAGCGCAACAAUUUUUACUGUCUAACAAAGCUGUGGCAGCCAAAACCCAGGUCAACAAUGCUUGAUGUCUUAUAUAUAUCGUCUCCCAUCCCGAAUCUCUGGAAAUGUUCACGUCCUAUACUCCAAGUAUUCUUACCAUGCCAUAUUGUCCCCGAUGGAACGAUUUAAUACCACCAUUCCUCAUAACCGUACUGCAUACACAGAGCAGAAACCUAGUGCGCCCAUUCAAGAUUACGCUAUCCCCCUCCAGAAUGGGAAGAAAACCCGGACAGAAGGACGAAGGACGUCCACCUAUAUUCCGACGAGGCGCUCUUUUACUCUGAGGAUCACGUAAGCAUACAUGGAUAACGUGUCGGAUCAGUAAGCCGCCCAGGACAGUAAGCCGCCCACCCCUCAACGAAAAUCCACGCUUCUUGGGCGAUUGCUCAACAAC